AGACAUUCUCUGCUCAUUUCCACACCAACAUGAAGCUCGUAGUGUUCGCCCUCCUGGUCGCCCUGGCCGCCGCCGCUCCUCGCCCUGAUGAGGACGCAGAGACCUUGGUGGACGAGCGCCAAGACAAUGGUGACGGCACCUUCAACUACCGAUUUGAAACCAGCAAUGGACUGAAGGAGGAGCGAGUCGGUACUGUGGGGGCUGAAGGCCAGAGCAACAUGCAGGGUUCUUACAGCUUCACUCUCCCUGACGGCACUGUCGCUGUAAUUACUUACGUCGCCGACGAGAACGGCUUCAGGCCUGAGUCUCCGCUGCUGCCCCAGGAUCACCCCCUCCCUGCCCACGCAGUCGCACAGAUCGCCUUCGCUGAGGAACAGCGUGCUAAGGGUGUCGUGUUCGAGAAAUGAGGCGAUGUUUGACUUGCUCCUCGACGACUCUGUUAGUGACCUUCCUGUAUAUACUAAAGACUCGACCUUCAACUUUUCAAUCAAUACAGAUGUAUUCCAUCGGUAUCACGUGCUAGUUAAAUAAAAUCCUUUGUAUAUUU